AUGGGCUCGCGCCACGUGUUUAUUGGCUGGGUUGAUCGAUCUCGGGUGGAAAAGGCUUUCGCCCAAUCCCCGCGCGCGCUCCGCUCCCAAUCCUGGUCGCGGAGUUGCUGCGUCAGAGCCCACACCCGCACCAACCCUAGCCGCCACACCUCUCCUUCCUCCCUUGCUCGACAGCGCUGCACCCCCUCCCUCCUUGCUGCUCGUCCGGAUAGCCGCCGGCCGCCGCAUCCCUUCUCCCCCUUCCUCCUCCUUCCUCCUUCCCGCUGGCGCCGACGAGCGCGACACGCCCUCCUCCGGUCCUUCCUCCCCCCCCCCGCAGCCAGGAGUCGAGCCCUCGUCGUGAGGAAACCACGGAAGGAGGAGCUCAACCGGGCGUCGCCGGCCGGAGAAGGAGGACAGUCGCGGAUGCCUGCCAAGGAGCCCCAAAAGCUCUGCCAGUUCUUUCGGCGAGAUCCACCAUCUCCUGAGGUCCUUAUCCACCCCAGCUCGCGAGGAAGCCUCGGGAGGAGGCGAGCCCUCGUCGCAAGGAAGCCGCAGAAGGAGGAGCUCAACCGGGCGUCGCUGGCCAGAGAAGGAGGAGAGGCGCGGAUGCCUGCCAGGGAGGCGGAUCGGCUCAUCUCCGUGGCUGGAAAGGCUCGAUGUUACAAUUACAACAUGGGGCUUCAAGUGUCUAUUACUGUGGAACACCAAUAUCCGUGCAUUUUAGUUACGACUAAGUGCCACACCAAUGAAUGUGAAUGUCUGUUCAGUGUCCAUCUUGGUUCUGGUGAAUUGAUUUGGGGAACUCUUGAAAUCUGUUUCUUGUAUAUUGGCCAUGAUAACUCUUCACCUGACAUUCUGCAAUGGCUUCCAGCCAGGGUUUUCUUGUUGCUGCUAUUCCUCGUGGAUAUUCAAGAGGCAACUUGGCACCUAAUGUCAACAGCAUGCUUAUUGGUGACGAGUGAAAUGAAAGAAGGCUGCAAUGGAAUUUGUAUUAGAAGUUUCUCCAUGAUGGCCUUUUCCACCUAGAAAGAGCAUCAAGGCCGUUGACCCCGUUUUUGUUCUAUAGGCAUCUGUUCUUCAAAUGAGGCUCCAACCUGAGCAAGGGCAUGGUUUGCAGAUGAUGUAUCUGCUUUAUGUGUGUCAGAAGAGCCCUCCGACGCCCAGCCGUUGGUGUCUCUUCCCGAAGAAGGAUCAUGGUUCCCCACCUCUCUACAACUCAUAUUAAAAUUUUGGUAUAUUCUUUUCUUACUUUAUUUCCUGUGAACAAAAAGUUGGAACCUAUUCUUAAUUUCCCAUAGUGGUUUUGAUGGUAUUUGGUCAGUGUGUUCCUGGCUGGAAUUGCAUGUAUAUCUUACAGAUUUACAUUGCAACAAUUAAUAAGGAGAAUAGAAGCAUUUGCAUCCUCUAAUACUUUGCCUGCCAUGCUUAGCGAGAAUUCAAAAUAGUGACCUUUGGAUAUCAAUUAUGGGUUUGUGAUUUUGUGCCAGGACCUAAAAGAAUUUUUGCCUCAUGCUUCGACUAUCAUAUCUAUUUUCUCUAUAAAUUCUAGACAUCUAGUUCAGAUUAUGAUCUUUGCAUGCCCUUUUUUUGUAUCUUCUGAAAUUGGCCAACAUUACAAAAAAGAGCCACAUGUUUUAGAAAUUGAAUCACCAUGACAGCUUUUCAGGUUAUGGUUCUUUAGCCAUUUAAUGCAGUAUCAAUGGUUCAGUGUGCUUCAUGAAAUGAAACAUAAUGUAUAGUUCAGCAGUUUUGAGACUUACCCGCAUAUUUUUGCUUCACCCGUCACCACAGAGGUCUUACCUCACCUUGAUCAUGGAGCCACUAGGAGUAUGAUCAAUAUAUGAUCAUUCUUAGAGUUGAAAUCAAUUGCUUCCUUCAUCAAGUGAUUCAUAGUAAACCAGUAAACAUGAAUUUUAUGUGUAUAUAUUACUUCUUUGUUUGCCAUUUAUUUUGUUCAAAAUAUUUAUAUGACAUUUUUCAAAAAGCUUAAGGUUAGAGAUGUGGUGCUAUAUGAGGCUAUUGUUAGGAUGGAAGAUAAAUUAAUGUUAAAAUAUUUUUGAUUUCCUUUAUUCCGUAAACGGCAAUACAAGAUAUGUUUGGGCCACAUGAUUCUAUUCCAAAAAUUUAAACAACUUGGCAAUUAACAACGCAUCAAAUGUUAUGUAUUGAAAAUUUGAAAUGGAUCACUUUGUCAGGUUGGGUUUUAGUAGGUCAUAAUGGUUUUAUUCUAUGACAAGCUUAAUUUGUUUAUAAUGUAACCAGUUCAAGGAUUGACGAGUUUUUGAGCCCUAUGACCUUUGUACACUCAGGUUCGGCUGUGUUCUUUGUGAAGUAUACGUCAUGCAAGGCUCAUGUGCGUUGCACUGUUUUCACUUUCCAAGCUACAGUCUAUACCCCCUCUGUAAACUAAUAUACUCCAAGCUACAAUCUUUAGUGAUCUGAACGGUCUUAUAUAAAUUACAAAGGGAGUACUUGAAAGGAUAUUCUUUGUAUGUUGUUUGAUUCCAUCAGCCGUACAACCUAAAUUAGCAAUUAGGUAUCUACACAGUUCAGUGGAACCAUUGUGCUUGCUGUAGUUUUAUUUUAGCGUUGAAAUGUUCUUAGUUUGUUCUGUACUGAGAAAUAUUUUUGUUUUCCGGCCAUUGUUUACUAAAUCCUAUAAACAUAUUACCUUAUAUGGCCUUUGAAGUUUCUGUUUUAUAAAGAGCUUUGCACUGAUCAACUUGAGUAUGGUAUGGUUUAUUCUUUUGUGUUGCAGCUAUUCCAGAGAAGUUUAGACCUCCACAACCUUAGCAGAGAUGAAACAAUCAAUCAGCUGAGAUGCAUCACAUGAUCUUUUUCUCUUGACUUUGAUGGGUAUUGAACCCAUAGAUUAGCUUAUCAAUGGAACUCUUAUCAGCGUUGAGAAGGUGGCACAAAAUCUCAUACGCAGGGCGAUCAGCUAAGAAGCAUCAGGAAGGACUUUUAGGAUGGUACAGCGGUCAAAUGCAUCCUAGGAUAGGUCCUUUAAGAAUUAUGGUGUGUUUCCCUCCUUUUGUUUACCAUAGGCACAGAGGUUUAGCCUCAAUUUAUUAUGAUAUUUUUGUUUAUAGUAGAUGCAGAACUGAGACUUACCCAGGUUGUGAGAGCUGGUGAUGAUUCUAUUGAAAGUCCCUUGUUACCUGCAACGUUUGUCUCUGUAAACAGCAUAACUAACGCCGUAUGGUUUCCAAUGUGACUAAGAUGUAAAUUCUUCCUGGGUGUAGUUUCUAAAGCAGAGUUGCUGAAAAUGAAAAUAUUUUCAACAUGCCAUGAUUU